CUCCCCCCGAAUCACCCCACGCACUGGGCCCGCAGCCCUGCCUCCCGUCCCAUUGGAUGCCAGACGGGGGAAACUGUCAGCCCAUGUGGCGUGGCCGCCAGAGGAUGUCUAUCAUUUAAAUAGGGAGCCAGGCUACUGAGAAAGGAGGAACCUGCUCUGAAACAGACACGGGAGAGGCAGUGAAGUGAGCAAGGGAUACCUUACACGUUACAGCUAGAGAGAAGGGGAGGCAACUGAUACCAAAGGAAGCGACCCAGAGACAUCUGAUGGGAGAGAGACGAGGCAGGUUACAGACACAAGGAAUAUAGGUCACCCAGAAGAGACAGCGAACACACACACACCGGCUGUGAGAGAGACUGUUAGAUGACAAAAAGUAUCAAUGAGGAGAUACUGACGGGGAGGAGAGAUUGUCAUAGGGGGGAGGAGAGACUCAUAUGGGAGGAGAAGAUCCAACCUGCUGCAUCAGAGGUCUAACACCGGCUGCUUAGAGACUGCACUGACAACGGACAAGAAGAGACAGUCUGGAACAUACAGGAAUAGAGAGCGUCCGAGGAUACCGGAACAAACUACCGAGAUCUUUGGAUAAAGAAGAGACGAGCACGAAAUAUCAAGGACGUACAUAGGAACUGAGACAUCUUUUUUUCCCCUAAAAAAAUACAAAUUCUUAGUCAUCAGCGGAAGCUGCAGGCCAUAAAACAUGGAAGACAUAGUGAUUGCUGGGAUAGCCGGGAGAUUACCAGAAUCUGACAACCUACAGGAAUUCUGGGAGAAUCUUAUAAAUGGUGUUGACAUGGUGACAGAAGAUGGCAGACGAUGGAAACCAGGUCUAUAUGGACUACCUACAAGAAAUGGAAAACUAAAAGAAAUUAGCAAAUUUGAUGCUUCCUUUUUUGGUGUUCAUCCGAAGCAAGCACAUACGAUGGACCCUCAGUUACGAUUGCUUCUAGAGAUCUCCUAUGAAGCUAUAGUAGAUGGAGGUAUUAAUCCAUCCGAUCUCCGAGGCACCAACACUGGAGUUUGGGUGGGAGUUAGUGGAUCAGAAGCUGGAGAGGCCUUUAGUCGAGAUCCAGAGGAGCUCCUUGGGUACAGUAUGACAGGAUGCCAACGUGCUAUGUUUGCCAACAGGAUCUCUUACUUCUUUGACUUGAAAGGUCCCAGUUUGGCCAUAGACACUGCCUGCUCCUCCAGCCUGCUGGCUUUAGAGAAUGCAUUCAAGGCUAUUCACCAUGGACAGUGCGAUGCAGCCCUUGUAGGUGGUGUCAAUCUGCUGCUAAAACCCAACACUUCAGUACAGUUCAUGAAACUGGGCAUGUUGAGUCCUGAGGGAACCUGCAAAUCAUUUGAUGCUUCAGGAAAUGGGUAUUGUCGCUCUGAAGCUGCUGUCUCAGUGCUAGUUACCAAGAGAUCUAUGGCAAAAAGGGUGUACGCUACAAUCGUAAAUGCUGGAAGCAAUACAGAUGGCUACAAGGAGCAAGGAGUGACCUUUCCCUCUGGAGAGAUUCAGCAGCAGUUGCUCAGUUCUCUCUACAGAGAAGCCGGAAUUCCAACCUGUGAUGUAGAAUAUGUGGAAGCCCACGGCACUGGUACAAAGGUAGGGGAUCCCCAGGAAGUUAAUGGAAUUGUCAGUGUGUUUUGUAACUCAGAUCGGAAACCUUUGUUAAUUGGAUCUACUAAAUCAAAUAUGGGCCACCCAGAGCCUGUGUCAGGUCUUGCCGCCCUUGCUAAGGUAAUUCUGUCUCUGGAACAUGGUAUUUGGGCUCCAAAUCUUCACUACAAGAACCCGAAUCCCGAUAUUCCAGCUCUAAAAGACGGUCGUAUUAGAGUUGUGAGCAAACCAAUACAAGUAAAAGGUGGAAUUGUUGGUAUAAACUCCUUUGGGUUUGGAGGUUCAAAUGUACAUGUCAUUCUGAGGCCAAAUGAGAAGAGGCUCUUAGAGCAUGUUCCAUUGGAGCAUCCCAGACUUCUUCAGAUCUGUGGCAGAACUCAAGAAGCAGUGGAGAAUCUAAUAACACAGAGCAGACAGCUGGCAGUGGACAAUACGUUUAUCAAUCUUGUGAAUGAUAUAUCAGGGAUUUCUCCUUCAGCCAUGCCCUAUCGUGGUUACACCAUUGUGGGAACAGACAGUGAUAUUAAGGAGAUUCAUCAAACUCAGUCUUCUGGGAGACCCAUCUGGUACAUCUGUUCAGGAAUGGGAACCCAAUGGAAAGGCAUGGGGCACAGUCUUAUGAACCUGGACAUCUUUCGCCAGUCCAUUCUGAAAUCUGAUGAAGCCCUAAAAGGAACUGGGCUGAAGGUAUCUGAGCUUCUGCUGAACGCUGACGACAGUACUUUUGAAGACACAGUUCAUGCUUUUGUCGGGCUUGCUGCUAUCCAGAUUGCACAGAUUGAUAUGCUUAAAGAAAUGAAUCUGCACCCAAAUGGCAUUGUAGGCCAUUCAGUUGGGGAAUUAGCCUGUGGAUAUGCAGAUAACUCUCUCAGUCAGGAGGAGGCUAUCCUUGCUGCUUAUUGGAGAGGUCGAUGCAUCAAAGAGGCAAAGCUUCCUCCAGGAGGAAUGGCAGCUGUUGGGCUCACCUGGGAGGAAUGUAAAAUUCAGUGUCCAGAGGGCGUGGUGCCAGCAUGCCACAACUCUGAGGACACGGUCACCAUCUCUGGCCCUAAGGAUUCGGUUCAUGACUUUGUGGCCAAACUGAAACAAGAUGGGGUGUUUGCAAAAGAGGUGCAGAGUGCAGGGGUUGCGUUCCACUCCUAUUAUAUGGCAUCAAUUGCUCCCGCUCUGCUUAGUGCCCUAAAGAAAGUAAUUAGAAACCCAAAGCCCAGAUCAUUCCGCUGGAUCAGUACAUCCAUUCCUGAAUCCCAGUGGCAAAGUCAACUUGCUCAGCUCUCAUCAGCUGAGUACCAUGUUAACAACUUAGUGAGCCCCGUCUUGUUUCAGGAAGGAUUGCAGAGCAUCCCAGAAAAUGCAAUUGUCUUGGAAAUAGCGCCCCAUGCUCUUCUUCAGGCCAUUCUCAGAAGAAGUUUGAAGCCAACCAACACAAUCCUUCCACUUAUGAAGAAAGGGCACAGCAACAAUCUCGAGUUUUUCCUGACAAAUAUUGGAAAAGUGUAUCUAAAUGGAAUUAAUGUUCAGUGCAACAAUAUUUUCCCCCGUAUUGAGUAUCCGGUUCCAGCUGGUAUAGCGCUCAUCUCUCCCCUUAUCCAAUGGGAUCACAGCCAGACGUGGGAUGUUCCUAAGCCAGAGGAUUUCCCUGCAGGUUCAGGAGGAUCCACAUUCUCAUCUAUCUACAAUAUCGAUAUGAGCUCCGAGUCUCCUGAUUCUUUUUUGAGUGGACAUUGCAUUGAUGGCCGAGUUUUGUACCCAGCAAGUGGGUAUCUGGUAUUGGCAUGGAGAACACUGGCUCGAAGCCUGGGGCUUGCCAUGGAGGACACACCAGUAGUAUUCGAGGAAGUUACAAUCCACCGAGCAACAAUCCUUCCUAAAACAGGUGCUGUCCAGCUGGAGGUCAGGCUGAUGCCAGCAUCAAAGCGAUUUGAAGUUUCUGAGAAUGGAAACUUAGCAGCAAGUGGUAAAAUUUGUAUCAUGGAAGAAAACGCACAGAAUCAUUUCCGAAGUCAUCUUGCUGAAUGUGAUGAUAAAAAUAGCUGGCAAGCAGAGGAUUUCACUCUGUCAGAUAAAGACAUUUACAAAGAGCUCAGACUGAGAGGCUAUGACUAUGGAUCCACUUUUCAAGGGAUCAUCCAGUCCAACAGUGCAGGGGAUAGAGGAAGCCUACUGUGGAAUGGAAACUGGAUAACAUUCUUAGACACCAUGUUGCAGAUAAUGGUUUUGGGUCAACGUGGACGAAGUCUCCGUUUACCUACAAGAUUUCUUUCUGUUUCCAUUGAUCCCACUAUACAUGAAGAUUUUGUGUGUGGGCACACAGAUGAUAAAAGAGCAGUCACUGUUGCUGUUAAUAGCUGCUUGGAAAAGAUUGUAUCAGGAGGGGUUCAGCUUUUGGGAUUUCAUGCCACCACUGCUCCUCGACGCCAACAGCAACAAAGUCCACCGACCCUUGAGAAAUAUGAGUUCAUCCCUUACUUUGAAGAUAAUUGUCUCUCCAAUGAUAGUCACCUACAAACACUACUUGCACAUUGUGCAGAUAAGAUUUGUGAGCUGCAGUCUAAAGUAGCUCAACAUGGACUAAAAUUGGAUAUUCCUGGGUCUAACACAACAAAAAAAGUGGAGGAAAAAACCUUGGAGGAUAACAACCUGGAUAAGGGUCUUCUUCACGUUCUCGCAAAGAUCUGCAACCUGGAGCUGAAUGGGAACCUGCACUCUGAGCUACAACUAACUUUAAAUCAAGAGACGGAGAGACUCAGGAACGAUCCUCUACUGAAUGGUCUUCUUAAUUCUCCAGAAUUAAAGGCCUGUCUAGAUACAGUUUUAGAGAAUAGCAGCCCACUUAGAAUGAAAAUUGUGGAGACGCUUGCAGGCAGCGGUGGAAUGUUCUCUCAUGUUCUUUCACUGUUAAACACACAACCCAUGCUGCAGCUGGAUUACAUUGCCUCUGAUCCGAGUUUGGAAGACCUCUCACAAAUAGAGAAUGAUCUGAAAGAAAGGGGAGUAUCUAUUGAACAGUGGGAUCCCCUAAACCCAGCCCCUGGGAACUUAUCCAAUGCCGAGCUUGUGGUGUGUAACUGCUCACUGAAUCUUCUGGAAAAGCCAAGCAUUGUCCUCUCCAACAUGGCUGCCUCUGUAAAAGAGGGAGGGUUUGUCUUGCUUCAUACUCUUUUUAAAGGAGAUAUGCUUGGGGAAACGGUAGCUUUCCUCAGAACGCAACAUCGACAGCAAAAGGAGGGCCUUCUCUCACAGGCAGAAUGGGAAGAGGUGUUUGACAGUGCCUCGCUGACCCUGGUUGCCAUGAAGACUUCCUUUUUCAACUCUGUCAUCUUCCUGUGCCGGCGUCAGGCCUCAGAAAAGAUGCCUCUUUUGUUAUCAGUUGAAGAUAUGGACUGUACGUGGGUGGACUCAUUAAAGGCUGCUAUAAGUGAGCCUUCAGACAGUACUAUUUGGCUGACCGCAAUGAACCAGAACAACAGUGGCGUUAUUGGGAUGGUGAACUGCCUGCGUCAGGAGCCUGGCGGGCAGAGGAUCAGGUGCAUAUUUAAUUCAGAUGCAAAGUCAAAUCCUACAUCCAAUGGAAUUUCAGAAAAGGAACUGGAAAAGCAACGUCACAAAGACCUGGUCAUGAACGUGUUCCGGGACGGAGAGUGGGGAUCCUUCCGACAUAUCCCCUUCCUGAAAGAACAAGCUCAGGAGGAAACGGCUUUUGCCUUUGUGAAUGUUCUGACUCGAGGAGAUCUCUCAACACUCCGUUGGGUCGCUUCACCUUUACGCCAUUUUCAGUCCACAAAUCCAAAUGUUAAACUAUGCAAAGUCUACUACGCAUCACUAAACUUCAGGGACAUUAUGUUGGCAACAGGAAAACUGCCUCCAGAUGCCAUUCCGGGUGAUCUGGCCUUGCAGCAGUGCAUGCUGGGAAUGGAGUUUUCUGGCUAUGAUCCUGCUGGCAGGAGGGUAAUGGGGCUGCUCCCAGCUAAAGGGCUUGCUACAGUGGUAGAUGCUGACCAGCACUUCCUAUGGGAUGUACCAGAGAACUGGUCUUUAGCCGAAGCAGCUUCUGUUCCUGUAGUUUAUGCCACAGCUUAUUAUUCCCUAAUUGUACGAGGACGCAUGAGGAAGGGUGAAAGCGUGCUUAUUCACUCCGGGUCAGGUGGUGUUGGACAAGCUGCUAUAGCAAUAGCCCUGAGCAUGGGCUGCUGUGUCUUCACCACUAUAGGAUCUGCCCAAAAACAAGAAUAUCUCCAAAGUAGAUUCCCUCAGCUAGAUGACAGAUGCUUUGCCAACUCCAGAGAUACAUCUUUUGAACAACACGUUCUUACUAACACUGGAGGAAAAGGUGUUGACUUGAUUUUGAACUCUCUGGCAGAGGAGAAAUUGCAGGCGAGUCUUCGUUGCCUUGCUCGGCAUGGUCGCUUCUUGGAAAUUGGAAAAUUCGAUCUUUCCAACAAUAGUUCUCUAGGAAUGGCCCUUUUCUUGAAAAAUGUUGCAUUCCAUGGAAUUCUGCUGGAUGCCCUCUUUGAAGAAGGGAACAGAGAGUGGGAAGAAGUAUCAGAUCUCUUAAAAAGUGGUAUAAAAGAUGGAGUAGUAAAGCCACUGAAAUGUACAGUGUUUUCAAGAAAUGAAGUGGAACCAGCCUUUAGAUUUAUGGCUCAAGGAAAACACAUUGGAAAAGUUCUCCUUAAGGUACGAGAUGAAGAGAAGACACCUUCAGCUAGUGACUCUGAUCUUAUUUUUGCCAUUGCUCGGACUUCAUUCCCACCAACAAAGUCCUAUAUCAUCAUAGGAGGACUAGGUGGAUUUGGCUUGGAGUUGGCCCAUUGGUUAAUUGAAAGAGGUGUUCAAAAACUUGUACUGACAUCCCGUUCUGGCAUAAGAAAUGGUUAUCAAGCAAAACAAGUCCAGAGCUGGAGAGAAGUAGGAGUAAAGGUCAUUGUUUCUCAAAACGAUGUGGCCUCUGUUGAAGGAACAGAAAAACUAAUAGAAGAAGCAUCACAGUUAGGACCUGUUGGUGGUAUCUUUAACCUUGCCAUGGUCCUGAAAGAUGCUAUGAUUGAAAACUUAUCCUCAAAACUCUUUCAAGAUGUGAACAAACCAAAGUAUGAUGGAACUCUUAACUUAGACAGAGUUAGUCGUGAGAAAUGUCCAGAGCUUGAUCACUUUGUAGUUUUCUCCUCUGUGAGUUGUGGGAGAGGAAAUCCUGGGCAAAGUAACUAUGGUUUUGCCAAUUCUACAAUGGAGCGUAUUUGUGAAAAGCGACGUUGUGACAGACUUCCAGGUUUGGCUAUACAGUGGGGUGCCAUUGGUGACGUAGGAGUGGUUCUGGAAACUAUGGGUACUAAUGACACAGUAAUCGGUGGGACUUUGCCUCAGAGGAUCAGCUCAUGUCUAGAAGUUCUGGACCAAUUUCUGAACCAGCCUCACCCAGUGAUGUCCAGUUUUGUCCUGGCUGAGAAAACAAUAUCUGUUAAAGCCAAUGGAAGUGGACAGCAAAAUCUGGCGGAAGCUGUUGCACACAUUUUAGGUGUCCGUGACGUGAGCAGCUUAAACCCUGAUACCACCCUAGCAGAUCUAGGCUUGGACUCCCUCAUGGGUGUAGAGGUCCGACAGACUCUUGAGAGAGAUUAUGAUAUUGUGAUGGCAAUGAGGGAAGUCAGACAACUCACCAUUAACAAGUUGCGUGAACUUUCAUCAAAACCUGAAGAAACAAAGCCCUCCCAGAAGAUAUCUGCAGAGUUUAAUCUUUUGAAUAUGGACAAUCUGUUGGUGAAUCCAGACGCUUCCACACUUACCAAACUUAAUGAUGUGCAAAGUAAGGAAAGGCCUCUCUUCUUGGUGCACCCAAUAGAAGGAUCUGUUGCAGCUUUUCAGAGCCUGGCUUCCAAACUAAGCCUACCUUGUUUUGGUCUGCAGUGCACAAAAGCCGCCCCUCUGGACAGCAUUGAAAGCCUGGCCUCAUAUUAUAUACAAUGUAUUAAGCAAGUGCAACAAGAAGGUCCCUACUUGAUUGCUGGUUACUCAUUUGGGGCCUGUGUAGCGUUUGAGAUGUGCUCCCAGCUGCAGGCUCAGCGGGAAAACUCACAUGCUCCAGACAGCCUGUUCCUGUUUGAUGGCUCCCACUCUUAUGUUGCUGCUUAUACACAGAGUUACCGUGCCAAGCUAACGCCGGGCAGUGAUGCAGAGGCUGAAACGGAGGCUCUGUGUGCGUUCAUCCAACAAUUCACAGGCACAGAAUAUAAUAAGCUACUGGAGACUCUGCUGCCCCUGGAGAACCUAGAAGCUCGAGUCAAUGCUGCAGUGCAGCUGAUUACACAGAGCCACAGAGAUAUCAGUCCAGAAUCUCUCAGAUUUGCCGCCUCUUCAUUUUACUACAAACUUAAAGCAGCAGAUCAAUAUGUCCCUGUCAGUAAAUAUCAUGGCAAUGUCACAUUGCUGAGGGCAAAGACACGGAACGAGUACGGAGAAGGCUUAGGUGGUGACUACCGGUUGUCAGAGGUGUGUGACGGUAAGGUGUCUGUCCACGUCAUAGAAGGGGAUCACCGCACCUUUUUGGAAGGAGUUGGGGUUGAAUCCAUCACAGGCAUUAUCCACAGCUCCUUGGCAGAACCGCGCACCAGUGUUCGGGAGGGUUAAACUUAUUGCUGAUGCCCCAUUCAGUGUGAAGUGGUGCCGUCUUCUCCUUGUCGGAUGAGCUUUCGGACUCUUCAAAUGAAGGAGAACAUGGCCUCACACCACAGUCACAUCUUAAAUCCUGCAAGGUGCAUCUGGUAUAUAGCGUAGGCCACCCACCAGUGCUCAUACGUAGGAACUUCAGUCACUUAUCAUUCCUGCUCUAUGUUGUACCAAACAUUGCACACAAUUUCAUGCCUUCUACAAAGGUUAGGAACAUAUUUUUAUUUUGUAGCUGGUUACUUGUUUUUAUCAGUAUUCCUAAACCAAGGCAUUAGCACUUACUGAACAUGUCCCCAUAGAUAGACAUAAAAGGACUUUUCUUCUGAGGCUUCCUCAAGCCUGUGACGAGGUUGUGAAGGUCUGGUGAUGACACCAGUCCCUGUGUACAGGAGUCUGUGUCAAACUAUCAUUGGGGCUUUUGUAAUUUUAUUUUUUUAUCUGAAUGUUGAGUAUUUAUUGUAUCAAUCAUCUAAAAAUCCAUGUAAAAUAUGUAUUUGGUCACUCUCAUAUGGCAGAAAGGGGGAUUAUCUUAUUGAAAGUUAAUCUUUCGGGUUCUUUUGAUAAGAAGGUCAAAUGAUAGCAAAGCUGAUACCUCACUUACGUGUGAAUAUGAAUAGUGAGUUUAUGAAGAUUCAUUUCCUGCAUAUUUUCAUUGGGAGAUUGAUUUUAAAAUGUGAUAUUUAUUCAAUAAUUUAAUUCCAUUUCCAACUUAAAUCCAGAUCAGUAACUUAAAGACAUAAACCUGUGAUCUAUGGCAAUUGUGGUUUGAAAUGCACGGGAUAAUAUGGAAAAGUAUAAUGUGUAAUUAGUGCCAUUUUAUUUUAUGUAAGAAUAAACCUAUUUAAGCAUUAAGGGAUUCCAGUAAGUGCAAAAAAAAAAGAGAUUUAAAACCUACUGCAACAAUUUUAAAUUAGUGAUUUUUAUUAUGCAAGUUGCAUCUUUUGAUUGAUAUUGACAGUUCUACAGAGUAGCAUGAGGUUAACCAUUUAUAUAUUCCUCUUGAAGAAAGCAUGUUAUCUACACCAAGAUGGGAAGUUAUUUAAAAGAUGGGAUUGACCCUCUUUAUAUCAUAAGCGAACAUUCAAGUAGAAGGUAAAAUAAAUUCUCUCCCUCCCCAUGUACUUUUCAUCAUUAGAAAAAACAAAUAUUUUUGCAUAAUAAACCAAUAAAUUUUAAAUUGUAAUAAUAAAAAAAGAUACUAUUAUGGAGGUGAUGGUAAGCGCCUAGGAGCAGUGACUCCAUACCGAUGUUAAAAAACAUUUAAUAUAAUCUUUGUAUUUGUUAUAUCAAUGUAAAGUGCUGCAUAUACAUACAGCAUAAUAUAGCAUGAUACUAAUUUAGAAUCUGUUUUUGCAGUGUUAUCUGUGUCCCUUGAUGAGAAAAUUAAUUAAAGCGAUACACUUUACAUGUUUUAAAAUAAGGUCUGGAAUCUAAGCGAUAUUUUAUAUUAUAUUUAAUUUAUCACUUCUAAUGAAGAUGUGUUGUAGCCGUGCCAUUCUAAUACCCUGCACUCCGGCCGCCCACUUUAAAACUCAUAUAUUAUUUGUGAGCUAACAAUUUGAAUUGUUCUCCAAUCAGUGCCCUAGCCGUAUGGCACUUUUUUUGUAGCUCAAGUGCCGAUUGGAGAAUAAUUUCAAACCGUUAGCUCACAAAAAAUGAGUUUUGAAGUGGGCAGCUGGAGCGUAUGGUAUUAAAAUGGCACGGCUAGAUUUAAAAAGUAAGUUAUAGCGCAUCUUCAUUAGAAGUGAUCAACUGAAGUCCCUGUAAAAUAUUUCUUAGAUUCCAGACCUGAUUAUAAAACAUGUAAAAUUUACUAUCACUUUAAAUAGUAUUGGUUGUGUCCAAUAAAUUAUCCAGACAUUUGUACACACAUUUAUUUAUACAUAUUCCUGUCUUUUCACCUUAAGAGAGGGAAUGUUGGAACAUUUUGAAUGGAUAAAUAAGGCACUAAGAAAGCUCAAUAUACUGUUGCACUAUAUGGGAGUGACCUGUGUUAGCAUCAGGUGUUAAAUACAUUUUUCCUUAGAGGAAAUCUGAAGAUUAUGUUGCACUUAUGACACAGAUGGGAUCUGAUGACUCUCUGCGGUUCAUGAAGUAAACUAAGACAAAUCCUGGGUAUCAGAGGGUCUUAAUAUUGUUGGUUAUAGAAAAUAUUGCAUUUUGUACAAAAAAAACAAUAUUGGCCCAAUAUAAUGCACUUUUGAAUCUUACAUUUAAUGUCUUCUUAAAGCUAAAAAGUUAAACAUAUAUAUAAAAUUUAUUUUAUUUUUUUUUUACGUAGUUUCAGUCACUUUUUUUUUCUCAGGUGUGUUGUAAAAAAUCUUUUUUUUUUUUUUUCUUUUAUGAUUCAGAGCGUGCAAUUUUAAGCAACUUUCUAAUUUACUCCUAUCAUCAAUUUUUAUUUAUUCUCUUGGUACCUUUAUUUGAAAGGCAGGAAUGUAAGCUUAGGAGCCGAUUGAUUUUUGGUUCAGCACCUGGAAACCGCUUGCUGAUUGGUGUCUAAAUGUAGCAAGCGCUGCCCAGGUGCUGAACUGAUAUUGAAUUGAUAAUCGGAGUAAAUUAGAAAGUUGUUUAAAAUUGCAUGCUCUAUAUCUGAAUCAUGAAAAAAAAAUGAGCCAAAUCUUUUCUAACCCAAUAUAGAGUUUUUAAACAUCAUCUACCAAAAAGUAAAACUAAAGUUUCAAGAGUAUUAAAUCAUUUUUCAAAGGGUAGAAAGAAGCAGUAAGAUCUGCUUUUGAUUAGUUUUGCUUCUUAUUUCAAUAAAAAAUAAAUUAGGGCCAAAAUAUAUUUUACAGAUAUCAAGACACCGUUUUUUUCUCACAAUUCCAGUUCCAAAUUGUUGAGAGAAAUUAACCUGGAUAUUUUUGUGCAAGAUGUCUUGGAAAAAUAUUUUUUGAAACUAACAAAAUCAUGAAAUCUGCAGGGACUCAGUCACCCUCUGUCGACAGCAACAGCUUUUAUUUAGGAUGUUUUUGUUAUUAAAAUAAAGAUAUUGAAAUGUGCUGUUUUUUCAUGUUUUUCUGCUUUGCUGGUACGGUUUAAAUUUCACACAAUAAUAAAAAUGUCUAUACUG